GCUGGCAGGUCUGCAGAUUAAGUUGAGCAACCAUUAUAUCAUACUGGGGAGUGGGCUGAAGUUUCAGAAGUGUUUUUUAUCAGAAGGAUACGAGGAUAAAACGAAACUAUCUGCAAGCCCAGCCAGAGGUGAGCGAAGAACUCUAAUAGGCACAGUAUUUUACUUUGGUUUUAAUACCAAAUACUAUAUCUGAAUUUACACUUAAAAUGAGAUGUAAGGAAUUUGAUAUUAAUGGCAAGUUCUUGGCUCAGUUUUUCAUUAUACUGUGGCCUCGUUUAAAGUCUCGGUAAAUGUCCUCCGCCAUAAAUAACCUUUUCACGUCAGGGGAUUCAACACACAUUAAAGAGUAUGUACGGUUAUUUUAUGGACUGUCGAGACAUAUGUCCUAAAUAUUUCUGCGCCACUUGUUUGGCACUUCCCCGCGACGCACUGAAAAACUGAGAUUUCACCGAAGUGGCACUUCAAAACCUUCAAAACCCGACCUUCAGCCGUACGUAUUCAAAGAUAACGUUGAUAUAUUUAACAGCUGAAUCUACAGUGUAGAUUUUACUGUUUUUGUUUCUUGUCUCGAUGGUUUCGAUUUGGGCACACACCACAAAACGCCCACUACAGCGCGAGGACUGAUAUGAAUCUCCUCUUCCCGCAGACUGACAUGCACCAGUACGUUACCUUUACUUACCUGGUCAACCGCUGUCCCACCGAGGGCUAUCUCUUCACUUCACCCCCGUGUAUCGACAUUAAUGCACAUUUAGUUCGAUAAAACCUGAUUUUCCUGAAAGCUGAGCCACGAUGCCGGCGCCCCUCUCGGCGGAGCUCACGCGCGGAGGCGGACUGUACGGGAAGUGGCUCGCGUCACGAGCCCGUUUCACAGAAGUGCGAUGAAGAGUCCUGGCAAGAAGGGAGCUGUCGGCCUAAAAUACACACUUAGAGCCAUGCAAUGAGCAGACAGCUUUCCGUAAGAAGAACAGGACGUCUUGGUAUAUGAUAUUUUUACUGAGAUUGCCUGGCCAUUCAGCUCUGAAAAGGGGAGUAAGAGGCUGAUACAAGAAAAAGAGAGAAAACGGAAACAAGACUGUUUGUAGCCAAAAGCCUGAUUUUGGAUGAAACGAGAGAGAUGGUGGCCUUGGAAAAAAAUGUGGGGGCUGGAGGAGGGCAUGUUGUUGUGCAGAACCAGGGGGUCUCAGCAAAGAGACGGAGAGAGGAUGAGAGAGCGGGGCAGAGAGAUUUCACAGACAGCGGUAAGAUGUGUUAGCUCUCACUAUGAGUCAUCACUGACAUUUUAUGAAUAAUCCCCUGACACACUUCUGAUCCCCUGCUCAGUCUCACACUCAGAGGGUCCCAGGUUACAUCUUGCCUCACCUUCUCAUCCAUGGUAAGUUAAGGCUGUAGCAAGACAUUCUCAGCUGCUGAUACAAGUGUCCUGUUAUGUUGAAUGCGAGUGAUUUCCUACAGUAAUGUUCCUGUAAUCUCACUCGCGGUCGGUUGUGAGGUUAGUGCAGUGUUUGUAUCAUUCAGUGUCUGCUGGCGUUCGUAUGUGAAUAUAUAUUUGACGGAAUAAAUCACUGAUUUCCUGCACCUCCUCUUUCUGCUCAUCCUCCUCUUCUUCUGCAUUCUUCUUCCCAGAUGUGGCUACUCUGUUAUUUCGCUUUCCUGUGCAGUCUGUCUGUCUUCUCUCCUGUGCUCUCCGAGUGCAACGAGACACAAUAUGCCUGGCCAGUGGAAGAUUCCAAGUAUUGCUGUAACAAGUGUCCACCAGGUAGACAUCUGGUUCGGCGUUUUGACCACUGUCAGGCUCAGUGUGAUCCUUGUCCGCGUAACCAGUACCGUGACACCUACAACGUGGAGAUGACCUGCAAAUUUUGUGGAACUUGCAAUAGACCAAACAUGGAGUAUAAGUCACACUGUAACGGCACUCACAACGUUGUGUGCAAAUGUAAAGCUGGCUACGAAUGCGAAGACCAAUCCUGCGGACAGUGUGUGCCGAUACUAAGCACCACCAACCCCACGCUCCCAUCCACUUCAGCCUUGAAAUCUAGCACCCUCACCACACUCGGGAGACCCCAUAAAUCACUCAGAGGUAAAGAUACAAUCUGGUUAAUAAUUGGCCUCCUGUCUGCAGUAAUUGCAUUCUUUGUUGGAACAAAAAUCAGUCCCUUUCUGCGCUGGAUCAAAUCCAAGCACGGCUACCUUUUGACUGAAACAUGUGCACCAGUGCCACCCUGCUCCGAAGAUGAAGAAGUAUCCAAGCCUGUCCAGGAAGCAGGAAAUGUGACCAACCUCAAAAUAGAUCCUGAACUUGGACUAGCAAAAAAUUUACAGACGACCAUUUAGUAACACGUGCAAAACGUUUCACGUUGCUUUGGACAUUCAUGACAAAUGGAGGCAAAUGUGGCUCGGUCCACACUGAGGAAUGGAAACAUUGUUUUAAGACUGAUACUGCUUCCUGAGAGGAAAUAUGACUAUUUGACAUAUGUUAAAGUAAUAUAAGUAUAUAAAAACACAGAGAUUAUGGGAUUCAGAGCAUCUGAAAGACACUGAAAUCACAGAGUGUGACACUGGCGGCUAUGCAUGAGUUACAAAUUCUGCAGGGAUGUUGUUUAACAGUCGUAUGUACUAUGGUACACAAAAGUAAAAGAUAUUUCAUGUCUUUACAUGAAUAUGUGUAUAUAGAAAUACACUUUCUGCAAUUCCACAAUCGGAUUAUACAUAUAUGUGAAUGUUUUUAACUUGAUGCUUGAUGCUUUUCUACUUCGUCCUUUUUUAACUAUAAAUAAAAUUUUAUUGUGAUAAAAAUGUCUAAUUGAUGCAAAACAUUAAACAUUGAGGUCCAACAGUUUAGAGAGAGCUGACAGAGCUUAUUAAAGAGUAUUUACAUGGCCUUUUAAAUUAUAACUUAAAAAGGAGAUCACCUUCCAGCUGGUCUUAGUAAAGUUUCUGGUGUGCACCGAUCACCAAGUUUUCCCAGAACCUGCAGAUAAAAUUAUCUAUGUACAACACUGUGAUUCACAGUUUGCCAGCGGAAGUAAAAUCUGCUCCACACUCAUCUGUGGUUUCAGUGUUACGGUUCCUUCCUUUUAAAAGAAUGUUUUUCGGAUCAGUCUGGACACCAUCAUGACCACCGUCACAAAUCUUCUGAGAUUUUUACGUUGCAUCAUAGCGCCUCCUCUUUGGACACGUGGCAGUCCUUCCCCUGCUCCUGGGAGGGAAAGAAAAUGCUGUCGAUCUCGCUGUUCCUCUCCUCCUCUGAGAAAUGAAUGCUGGGAGAAGAUGCGGGAUGAAACACAGGGCAGUCUCUCUCAUCUUCGUCUUCACCGCUCACUUUCUCAGCCGCCUUCCCACCUUCAAUUGUUGGACCAACUUGGCCAGUAAACUGACUAAGCAAGCUAAAGAUGACCGUCCCCGGAUUGUGAACAUGGACUGGACCUAUGGAGACAGAAACAAACAAGAAGUACACUUAAAGGAAUGUUUUAACUGACUCGUAGCAGCGCAUUAACAUAGAGUGAGACAACUAUGUACAAUUCAACUCAUAACAGUAACACAGCUGCAUCUCUUGCAUUUUUGAUUUUCUUUAUGACCUCACAAAGUGAGUUAAGUAUUUCACUCAUCAGUACCCAGAUUGGCUGCUGAAAGGGAUGAUGGCUGCUGCUUUGAACUGAAUGAGUCUCUGGGGAACUGAUGAGUUGGCUCCUUCGACUUGUGCGAAGCAUCUCUACCUCCCUGAAGAAGAACAAAUCCUUCAGAGUGGGCCAAAUAAAAGAGAAAUGAUGUCAUUUAUGUAGAUACAUGAUGACGCUUGGAAAUACCUACCUCACUGCAUACCAGCAAUGCAAGAGCUGGAAAACAGUAGACCAGUAAAUUUAUUAAAAAGUCAGUU